GUCUCCGAAAACUGAAAAUGAAGCUUGCAACUCUCGUCGUAUUGACAGCGCUGGUUUGCGCUGCUUUGGCUUUUCCACGCGGAAAGACAUGGAAAGGAAUGGGGAAAGGACCAAAGCCAACUGGCGACAAGCCAGAAGGUAUGAUGCGACCAAAGCCAACUGGUGAUAAGCCAGAAGGGAUGAAGCGACCAAAGCCAACUGGUGAUGGUCCAGAAGAGCGCAAGGCACCAAAAGGACCAAGGCCAACUGGUGACAAGCCAGAAGGAAUGAAGCGACCAAAGCCAACUGGAGACAAGCCAGAAGGAAUGAAGCGACCAAAGCCAACUGGUGAUGGUCCAGAAGAGCGCAAGGCACCAAAAGGACCAAGGCCAACUGGUGACAAGCCAGAAGGAAUGAAGCGACCAAAGCCAACUGGAGACAAGCCAGAAGGAAUGAAGCGACCAAAGCCAACUGGUGAUGGUCCAGAAGAGCGCAAGGCACCAAAAGGACCAAGGCCAACUGGUGACAAGCCAGAAGGAAUGAAGCGACCAAAGCCAACUGGAGACAAGCCAGAAGGAAUGAAGCGACCAAAGCCAACUGGUGAUGGUCCAGAAGAGCGCAAGGCACCAAAAGGACCAAGGCCAACUGGUGACAAGCCAGAAGGGAUGAAAAGACCAAAGCCAACUGGUGAUAGACCAAAACGGCCACGACCAACUGCUGCGUAAAUGAAUUCUCUUUAAACUAUAAAACGUCAAAUGUUAAUGAA